AAUAACUGUAAGCCUAAAGGAUUUAAAUGGAAUUUAAAUAAUGUAUGGCUAUUAUAUAAGCAACAUAUGAUUUAAAAUCGCCAUGACGAAAAUAACCCUAAAGCCUUUGGACGAUGGACAAAAGGCCGUUGAUAUUCCGGUGGGGAAAACAACAAUUGGGCGAGGGCCUUUCCUCGGCUGUACUGAUAAAAAAGUUUCCAGAAAUCAUGCCGUGUUGGAAGUAACUAACAAAGGAGAAGUGUUCCUCACACCUACCCAUGUAAAUCCUUGCUUUUACCAGCCAACUGCUGAUAGUCCAGGUCAGAUCUUAAAGAAAGACACUCCACAUAAAUUAGAGAAUGGUGAUUCCUUCUCCCUUUUACCUAGGGCUUUUAGGUAUCAGUUAAUUGUUGUUGGAGAUUCUGCAAUAGAGAAAAAUCCUGACCAGAAUGACUUAAAUAAACAGUGUGGGAAAACAAAUGGUUCUGCCGGUGACGAGUCUGAAUGUAUGCUUAAUGAAAGAAAUAAAGAUUCAGCUAAAUGUAAUUCCAAUGAAGAGCUAAACAGUGACGCAACUGUUACCGAGAAAGCUUUUACAAAGGAAGACGAACUUUUAGCAAAUAUUGAUAAAAGUUAUUCCAAAGAAGAAAAUACAUUUUCUAAGAAAAUUUCUGAAAUCACAAGUGAAAAUAAAACUCAAUUUUGUAGUGAGGAUAAAAAAAUAAAUGAAGAAGAAGAAGAGUGUUCAGAAAGCGAAAAGUCACCAUCAAAAGAAAACAGUUCCUCUGAAGCACCAGUGAAUGAAAAAAAGGGGUCAAAUGAAAGUGUGCAGGAUGCCAAAGAGGAUAGCUGUGAAGAUGACGUUGUUGCUGAAAGUAAGUGUAGCACACAAGAAGAAAAUACCGAGUUGCCUAAAUCUGAAUCCGUGUCAGAGAGUGAGAAGAACGCUGAGGAAGAGAAGCCCAAGUCUUUCAAUGAAAAAAUAACCGAAGAAAAUGAAUCCACUCUUGGUAACGAUGCAUUUCUUAAAGAAAAAACAGAAAAUGAGGAAUCGCUACCUGAAGCUGAUAAAGAUUCUAAAAGUGCUCAAGAUGCUACUGAAAUUAAGAGGAUAGAUCACGUUGGGGAAAGCAAUGGUGAUGGAAAUCCGGAUAAUGAGUCUUCAAAGGAAACUGAAGAAGGAAAUGACUCAAAAAAUCGAGACCUUCCAAAUUGGAUUUCUUCCGACACUAUGCCACCACCAACAAAAGGAGCACGGAAGAAAACACAAGCUACUAAACAGCCUCCAAAAGAAAAACCACCUCCAAAACGAAAAGCAGCUACUGAGGAUUCUGAACCAAAACCCAAGGGCCGUAGAAGAGCUCAGAAGCUUGACUUUGAUGAUGGAGGUGAAGGCAAUUCUCAGAGACAGGUUGCUGGUCGAACUUCCUCACGCACCAAUCGACAAACCAGACAAGGACUAUCACUUGAGGAUUUUAUUGUUAGUGAUGAUGAGGAAUGGCAAAGUGACAGGUCAGAACCAAAACAGAGGCGGAAAAAGCGAGGUUCACGACGGGGUGAUGACUCUGGUAGUGACUGGGAAAUUGAACAUAAAAGAACGAAAAAGCCAACUCACAAAUUUGGUUCUGGUAGUGAAUCUGGCAGUGAUUGGGGCAUUCAGAAGAAGAAAAAGGGACCAAAAGGAAGGAGAAGGAAAACUAAACUGAGUGCCAGUGAAGUAUUAUCUGAAGAUGAGGCAGAAGAGGCUGAGGAGCCUGCCUCAGAAAGUGCAAAGGGAGAGAAAAUCCCUUGUGUAUAUGGCAAAAAAUGUUAUAGGAGAAAUCCAAAUCAUGUGGGGCAAUUUAGUCAUCCAGGAGAUUCUGACAAUGUAUCAGAACCGGAAGCAACUGAGAAAAAUGAGAAGAAUGAUAAAAAUGACAAAAGUGAUGCUAACAGUGGUAGUGAAGUUGAAAGCAAUAAAAAAGAAUGUCCUUAUGGAGCAAAUUGUUUUAGAAAAAAUCCUCAACACAAAAAGGAUUUUAAACAUACGAAAAAAGUCCGCCCACAAAGAGAAGCUGCAAAGCAAGCUGAUAAGAAAACAAAAAAUUCCAGAAAUAGUGGUGAAGUUGAUAGUUAUGAUUUAAAUGACAGUUUUCUGAACGAUGAUUCUGAUGAAUAUAAACCUGUGGACUCUGGUUCUGACUAUGAAAGUGGGAAAAUAAAAAGGCUUGCAAAAGUUAAAGCUGCCAAGAACAAAAGAGGGAAAAAAGUUUGAGUGUAUGUUGCUUAUUUCUCGAAUUCAUUAAAGUUCAAAACAGUGGAUUAUCAA